UAAUCAGCGUAAAACAAGAUGGCGUCGCCUUGGAAAUAAUAAGCAGUUGGCGAGUUUGUAGGCGGUAAAGUCUGCCUGCCGUGGGGCUCCGGUGCCGCAUAGAGGGUGUUUUUGAUAAGACUCGUGUCGACAGAUUAGAUAAGACCGCGGAGGGCGUCGUGAAGCGUCCAGGUGGAGCCCACCAAUCUCCUGCCCGUUCUCUCCUCCGACCCUCCGGUGACAGCCGGAGCGGUGAGCCGCUGACAAGCAGGAUGGAUCCUGGAGAGUUCGUCUCUCCCAUGGAGACCAUGGACUCGACGCUGGCGGAGUUAGGGGACGAAUUCACUCUGGGAGACAUUGACGAGAUGCUGCAGUUCGUCAGCAACCAGGUGGGGGACUUCCAGGACAUGUUUGAGGACCAAAUGUCCACGGGGGUCUCCGUCGUCGGUGGUGCCCCCCAGCAGCCGGCCGUCCAGGCCCCGCCCACUCCCCAGACCCCAAGCGCCGCAGCUUUCCAGACCUCCACCAUGAGCCUCAUCUCAUCCCAGACGCUGUCUCCUCAGACUGUACCCCUCACACCCCCCUUGACCCCGGCACAGACCCCGUCCCCCACCACCACCCCGCCGGUGCAGCAGCAGCAGCAGCAGCAGCUGACCCGCAACCCGCCGCUGCUUCAGCCGCGGCCCCAGGUGGUCCAGCCCAUCCAGCCUCAGCAGACGGCCCAGGCGGCCAUCCAGAUGCACACCCAGGGGGUUCCGCUCCAGACACAGAACUUCCCGGUCCAGACUUUGGUUCAGACACACACCCAGACGCCGCUCCCCAUCCAGACGCAGGCAGCCCAGACCGUGAUGAUCGCCUCCAGCGGGGGCCAGUCUCGCUUCAUCCAGAACCCAGUCAUCUGCCAUCAGAGUCCCGCUCCCAGUUUUCAAGUCCUCCAGCCUCAAAUGCAGAGCAUCAUGACAUCACCACAGCUGCAGCCAGUCACCAUUCAGCAUCAGCGUGUUCUGACCCCAACAGGUCAGACCAUCCAGACUCUCUCUACAGCGCCCACUACAGUCCACACCAUGCAGCAGCAGAUGCAACAAGUACCGGUUCUGGUCCAGCAGCCUCAGAUUCUUAAGACGGACUCACUGGUCCUCACGACGCUCAAACCAGACGGGACUCAGGUGCUGUCCACCAUGCAGAGCCCUGCAGGAAUCACCACCCUGACCACGCCCAUCCAGAAUACGGCGCUACAAGUCCCGGUAAGCGGAGCGGCCAGAAGUCCUCCCACGUUCUCGCCGAUCUGUGACGAUCGCUUCAGCAUCAUGUCUGAUUCCUGUUCCCAGACUCUGAUGAGCAGCAACAUUCUGACCACCGUUCCAGUCAUGAUGGGAGGAGGAGACAAGCUGCCCAUCAAGCAGCUCCAGCCAGGCUCCGCCCCCUGCACUACCGCCGCCCGACCAAGUAUGGAGCAGAGCCCGGUGUCGGCAGGAGCGGCAGGGCAAGGAGUUGUGGUGAAGGAGGGCGAAAGGAGGACAACCCACAACAUCAUCGAGAAGAGAUACAGAUCCUCCAUCAACGAUAAGAUUGUGGAGCUCAGAGACCUGGUGAUGGGCAGCGACGCCAAGAUGCACAAGUCAGGCGUGCUGAGGAAAGCUAUUGACUACAUAAAGUACCUGCAGCAGGUCAACCACAAACUACGACAGGAGAAUCUCUCCCUCAAGAUGGCCAACCAGAAAAACAAGCCUGUGAUCCUGUCCGAAGACGUCGAUCUCAAACAGGAGGGAGUGAUGAUGUCUCCUCCGGCCUCGGAUUCCGGCUCCGGCUCGCCGCACCAGUUCUCUCCGUACUGCGUUGACUCUGAGCCGGGCAGCCCCUUACUGGAUCACCAUCAGGUGAAGAGCGAGCCGGACUCUCCCUCCACGGUGGGAGUGAUGGACCGUUCUCGGCUGCUGCUGUGCGCGCUGACCUUCUUCUGCCUGUCUCUGAACCCACUCCCCUCUUUGCUGGGCUCAGAGGACGCGGGAAGCCACAGCCUGGCGGCAGCCCACGUCCCAUCCAGGACGCUCGUCUGGUUUCCAACUCACACACAGGACUUUGCUUCUUGGCUGCGCUGCCUGUUGCCAUGGGUGAUUGUGUGGGUCCUGAGUGGGGUGGGGGCGCUGUGGGGCUGUGUCAGGGUGUUGUACCUCUGGGAGCCUGUCACACCCCUUCACUCGCCCAAAUCGGUGUCCUUCUGGAGGCACCGCAAGCAAGCAGAUCUACAUCUCCACAGGGGAGAUUACACGGCGGCGAUGGCCAGCCUGGAGACUUGCCUCUCCGUCUUGACGAGAGCUCUGCCCUCCAGCGGUCUGGACCUGCUUUGCUCCCUGUCCUGGAAUCUGAUCCGCUACUGUCUGCAUCGUCCGGUGCCUUUCGGCUGGCUGGUCCACCAGGUCGGGGGCAAGCACGAGGGAGAGGAGGCGAGGACGAGCGCGAGAGACGCAGCGUUGGUUUACCACCAGCUGAGCCAGCUGCAGCUCACAGGGAAGCUGCCUCAGCGCAGCAGCCUGUGGGCUUUGUCUCUGUCUCUGAGCGCCGCCAACCUCAGCGAGAGCGCCCAGGGCAAGAUGGCGCCGGCUCAGUUCGCUCAGAUCUAUGUCACUGCAGCAACGGCCCUGCGCUGCGUCCUGGGACACCAUCUCACCUUCCUGCCGGGAUACCUCCUCGGUUGCGCAGAAAGCGUGGCCAACCAGUCGGAGACCAAGCAGAUCCCCGACUGCCUGCGCUGGCUCUUCACGCCGCUCGGCCGGCAGUUUUUCCUGAGCUGUGAUUGGUCGGUGAAGUCGGACAGCAGCGAUGAAGUGUUUACUUCUCAAAGAGACCCGGCCGACCCCAUCGCCCAGCUGCACCGCUGCUUCUGCAGGAAGCUUCUGGAAAGAGCCGUUCACACCCUCAUCCAGCCGCAGAGUGACGCCGACGCAGGCAGCUGCAAGAACAACUUGGGGGAAUUCUCCAAUGCCCUGGAGUUCCUGGAGUUGCUGAAUAACUGCACAGAGGACUCUCCUUCGCCGCCCACGCCCUUCACGACUCCUCCCACUUACACCGCCAUCCCAGUGGGCGACCCAGUGAGCCGCUGGUGGGCUCUGGUGCUGAAGGCGGCUGUUCAUUGGCUGCAGGGCGACGAUGUCGCAGUGAGGUCCCUGUUGGCAGAAGCGGAGCGGAUGCCGAGAGCUCUGCUCAUUCUUGACCACCCGCUGCCCAAAGCCGUGCUGCUGCUCUGCAAGGUGGUCCAGAUGAGCCUGUCUCCUCUGAAGGGGGACGGCGUGGCGGCCUGCCUGUCUCACUGCGACCGCUCCAGCAGCUACCUGCGCUCCAGCAUCUCGGUGCCGCUCGGCCCGUCUGGAAACUGGCUCAGCAAGGGGGUGGAGCUUCUUGUUUGUGAUCUGCUGCUGACGUUACGGACCAGUUUAUGGCAGCGAGGAGGCAGCAGCAACGGAGAGCCGGGUCCGGUCCCCGGAUCCCAGCUGGCCGGUUUCCAGAGGGACCUGAGCGCGCUCAGGAGACUCACACAGUGUUACCGACAGGCACAACACAAGGUUUUCCUUCAUGAGACCACGGUGCGGCUGAUAGCUGGAGCCAGUCCCACCAGGACGCACCAGCUGCUGGAGCACAACCUGCGGCGCAGGACAAAUGGCUCGUACUCGGCCGAUGGCGAGUGCGUCGUCGGGGAGCGGGAGCGAGCUCACGCCAUCCUGCUGGCCUGCCGCCACCUGCCCAUGCCCCUGCUGACCCCGCCGGGCCACCGGGCCCGCCUGCUGGCCGAGGCCAAGCGGACGCUGGAGCGGGUGGGCGACCGUCGGUCGGUGCAGGACUGCCAGCAGAUCCUGCUGCGCCUCAGCGGGGGAACCACCAUCGCUGCUUCCUGAAAACAAACGGAAAGAAAGAGACACCGCUGAAACUUUUGUUUUCAUGGUGAUCAAAAAAGAAAAGAAAGAAAAACACGGAAUAGGGAAAACGGCUGAUUACAUAUGAGGUGAAAUGAAUGAUCCCUACACAUUUUUGAAUUUGUUACAGUGCUACGGCUCCACCGUCUGGACAGUAGUGGUACUGGCAGCCUUCUUUUAAACUCAUCGCUCAACUUUAAUCCGGAAACAUUCAGGAGCUGCAUCACAAUUUAGCUUCUUUAUUCGCAGACAAGCCCACAAAUGGAUCCAGAGGAACAAUCCAGGUCCAGAAAAACAGGAUAAUGCAUCACAGCUGAUGCAGUGCAGAUCAAUUUUAGUUGACAAAGUCUUUCAGUCAUUAUCAGCAUGCGGUGAUGAGUGGUUGAAUCACUGCUUCCUUUUUAAUUUGCAGGCUCCCAGAGAGCGGAGGAGGCUUGUUUUAGCUGUGCAGGUUGUGUCGUCUCAAUCUACCUCAAAUACUGUACAGUGCCAGCACUGUUCCAUGCAGCAACAUAGGAAAAUGAAGCACACGAGUUGGGCUGAAAUUCGACUCUUUACUUACUGCUGCAGACCCGUCGAACUCGGUUCGUGGGAUUCGGCAGAACGAAUUCUUGUGACGUGUGCAGAAGUCGAGAAAAUGAAUUCCGUUUUGAUAAAACACAAUUACGCAGAUUAUUGCAUUUGCUGUAGUAGCUGUAUAUAAGUUGUACAUAGAAGCAGGUUGAAAAGACGACGUUCUUUGCUUGAGACGAAUCACGUUGAGGCGUCAGCGAGGUGAGGUCAACCGUCUGAGCCUUCCGGCGAAUCGCGUCGCUGCAGCGCGACAGUUCCCCGGAAGUGAGGGCCAUCUGAAGCUCCCAAGCAAAACAGCCUUGAUGUUCUGUACAAAGCAAAUAUUUUCUUAUGUUGUAUCAGUUAAGAAAAAAUAAGACAUUGACGAGUGGUAUCUUUUUUUUUUUUAUUGUUCGAUUAGCUUUUUACUUGUAAUUAUCAACGUGACGCUGCACUUUUUUGUUGUUGUUUCUUUGCUCUGGAUAUCUUAUUUAAUGGUUGUGUGUGAUACAUGCUUUUGGGCGGUCGGUUGUUUUUAUUUGUUAAAGUAGUAUAGGGGCCAGAAACUGUAAAAUCAAGAUAUUUCUAUUGUUUUUAUACAAAUGAAAUCCUUUGUUUAGUCAUGAAAGGGUUACUUCUUUCAAGCGGGUUUUUUUUUUUAAAAAGAUGUUCAAGAAUAAGGAUAGGAAAUUCUCCUGCUAUUGAAAACAAGCUGACGUUUAAUUAGUACUGAAAAUAUAUUUGUGUGUAUUUGGUUAACUCUGCCUGCUAAAUGGGUUAAGCGAAAGGCAAUGGCUCAGCUGUUAUUGAGACUUUUCUAUUGAUGUAAUUGUUAGCCCAAGAUGUUUUAUUGUUUGAAAUUUUUUUGUUUCAUUUUAUUCUUUUCUAAUAAAACAGCAGAACGUUG